AUGAGUAAAUUAUAUCGGAUCGUGAUUGCAAUAUUGAGAGACGUAACAAGUGGUGCAUCUGGGAUACGGGAGGUCCAGAUCGAUAAGAGGCUGUGGGCGGCCCGGGGGUCCGCGGCGGCGCCCUGCAGCAGCGACGCAAACACCCCCCCUCACCCCCGCCGUCCCAGACGCCCUGUAAUAUCGUUAGUAUCCUGCCACGUCACCUCAAACGUGCGCCAGACUACAUUUUUAUUAUCAUCCCCAAUACCUUCCCUGAUUGCCCUCCCUGAGCCUCAAUGCAAUCUUGUAACACUUCUACAGCUUCGUAUUUAA